GGGUGGGGAAAGGUAUUCUAGAAAAGUCUGGCAUAAAAAGAAGAUUCUGUGAUUUAUGGAAAAUGGAGUUUAUGAGGCCAUUCAUUAUCAGAAUAAAUGGUGGUCUUGUUCUUCUGUAUUUUCCUAGUUCCUCAGGCUUAGAAUGGAAAGAGAGAAUACGUGAGAUUGUCUGGCCAUGGGAAGGAGAAGAUGCCCGCUCCAAGGGUGCCAGUGCUGGGAACAAGAUCAAUGGAUCUCUUCUAUUCCAGGAGACGUGGAGGUCUAUUUGUGGCUGGAGCUACCUGAYUAGAUAAAAAUAUAGAUCAGUCUGCUAUGAAAGUACCUCCCAUGAAGAAGACUGCCUCMUGGCUUAGCUUGCUGUGAAUAUACCUUACCAGAUAAGCCUUUUCACCAAAUUGAAACACUAAAUCAGUUAUUUUUGUUUUCAGGUUUGGAUUGGAUUUUUUUUACCCCUCUUUUGUCAGUUCCUAUGGGCUGGUAUCUGUUGCUCAGAAUUGGAGUUGUGGAAGCCUCACACAGAAUCCUGCAAUAGAAACAUCUUAACUUUAAAAGUUAAAGUUUCCUUAACUUUAAAAUAGGCAAGUUUGAGUCAAACUUGCAGUAAGGCUAGCUAAUACAUCUGUAGAAGUAUAAAUAAAUCUUAAAACUGAAGGAAAUAAAGUAUAUUUGAAGCUUCUUUAUGUUGUCAAAGUAUAGUAAUAUAUUUUUAGUUCAAAAAAUAGUCAAGCCCAACUUACCUUACAAACCAUACACUUCAAGUAUAGGGUUUUGACUGGAAAAACUUGUCUACGGAGACUUCAUUGUCUUAAAUUUUAAUUAGUUCUGAAGCAAAUUAUUUUAAGCCAUUUUAAACAAAGCUCAGAAUAGCAGCAUAAGCURUAAGCAAACAUAUGGCUUCAGUUAUAAGAUUAGAGAUGUAGGAUAAAAUCAAUAUGAAAUGACACUGAAAGCACUUUAAGUUGCAUCGUAGAUAAACUGUCUUUAAAUGACUGCGCUUGGCAAACCUUAGCAACUAUGCGAUUAGGCCAGGCUCUUGGUGCUUGUUUGUAUUUUCAGAUUGAACUGUCGAAUGGAGACCUAGAUAGCAAAAAAUCUAGACCAGCUCAUAACAUUUGUAUUUCUCUGGGACUGUAAGCUUUAGAGGACUCAGAGCUGGUCUGCUUUGAGUUUAUAUGUUUGCAAUGCGCAGAUGAGCCAUUUGAAAUUUAAAAAUACAUAAACUUUUGCUUUCCAUCUUCUUCUUAGGAGAAGUUGGAAGAAUUUGGAGUUCUGGGUGGUGUAAGCCCAGGAGUAGUCUUCUUUUACAAUUACCAUUAAAAUCUGUAAUAAACUGCUUGGUAUGCUUUUCAUUGAGUCUACUGAGUAAGGUGAAAAAAAAAGAAAGAAAAAAACCUGCAGUUUCAGGAAUAGAUUGAAGAAAACAUGGCCAAUCAACGGGAUUACAUUAGCAGACCUAUUUGCAAUGGAAUUUCUGUUUCUGAAAGUAAAAUCAACUCCUUAGUGGCUGAAGGUCAUGGACAACAAAUUCUAAAAGUACUACAAAAGUUCAGAGAACAAAAUAUAUUUUUUGACUUCAAAAUUCUUGUGAAAGAUGAAAUAAUUCCUUGUCAUCGUUGUGUACUGGCAGCAUGCAGUGAUUUUUUCAGAGCGCUGUUUGAAGUUAAUAUGAAAGAACGAGAUGAUGGCAAUGUUACCAUUAGUAAUCUAUCACCAAAGGCAGUGAAAACUUUUCUUGAUUAUGCUUACACAGGAAAAACAGAGAUAACAAAUGAUAAUGUGGAAAUGCUCUUCCAGCUGUCAUCUUUCCUUCAGGUUUCACUCCUUUCCAAAGCUUGCAGUGACUUCCUAAUAAAAAGCAUUGAUCUUGUGAAUUGUUUACAGUUGCUUUCUCUAUCAGAAAGUUACGGUUCCAUCCGUUUAUUUGAUCAUGCAUUAGAUUUUGUACAGCACCACUUCUCGUUGCUCCUCAGAUCAAGUGAUUUUUUGGAGAUGAAUUUUGAGAUAUUACAAAAAUGUCUUGAGGCUGAUGAACUUGAUGUCCCCGAGGAGGAAUCAGUGUUGAAAGCUGUCCUUCAAUGGACCAAACAUAAUUUAGAAACACGACAGAAAUAUUUGGCUCAUUUGAUUAAAAAAGUGAGACUACAUCAGUUACCUGAAAAAACUUUGCAAGACUUUCUGCACUCUGAAGAACAGUUACUCAAGAGUGCUAAUUGCUCUAUAAUAAUCAGUGAUGCAGUUAAGAGUGUGCAGAACUUCAGCGGACUGUUUCCAGAUGCACGCCCUUCAACAACAGAAAAAUACAUAUUUGUACAUAAAACUGAUGAAGAUGGAGAAAACAGACAUACGUUUUGCUACAACAUCAAAACAGAUAAAUGGAAGGAACUGCCACAUACACAUAUGGUUGAUCUUCCAGGGUCAAGUUUAUCUAGUUACGGAGAAAAAAUAUUUAUAACUGGAGGAUGCAAAGGGAAUUGUUAUAGGACAGUCAGGCUUCAUAUUGCUGAGCCAUUCCAUGACGCCACUGACCAAACCUGGUGCUACUGUCCAGUCAACAACGAGUUCUCUGUAGUGUCAGCUAUGAAAAAACCAAGGACAAUGCACACAUCCGUUGUAACCUUAAAUCAGUUGUUUGUAAUAGGUGGAAAGACCAGAGGAGCUCAAGAAACCCGAAGUCUUUUGGAUGUAGAAUCUUAUAAUCCUCUUUCCAAAGAUUGGAAAUCUGUAAGCCAAUUACCAAGAGGUAUYUACUAUCCAGAAGCAAGUGCAUGUCAGAAUAUAAUUUAUGUCCUUGGAUCAGAAGUAGAGAUUACUGAUGCCUUUAAUCCAUCUCUUGAUUGUUUCUUUAAGUAUAAUGCUAUGACUGAUCAGUGGUCUGAGCUUGUAGCAGAAUUUGGACAAUUUUUCCAUGCAACUUUAAUCAAAGCUGUGCCAGUGAAUUGCACAUUGUAUAUAUGUGAUCUUUCCACCUACAAGGUAUACAGUUUUUGCCCAGAAACCUGUGUUUGGAAAGGAGAAGGAUCUUUUGAAUGUGCUGGAUUUAAUGCAGGGGCAGUUGGAACAGAAGAUAAAAUUUAUAUAUUAGGUGGUGAUUAUGCUCCAGAAGAAAUUACAGAUGAAGUUCAAGUCUACCACAGUAGUAGGUCUGAGUGGGAAGAAGUAUCACCAAUGCCAAGAGCCUUAACUGAGUUUUACUGUCAGGUUAUUCAAUUUAAUAAAUACAGGGACCCCUGGUCAUCUGUAAUGACAAUUUGCUCUGAAGAGGAGUUCUGAAAUGAGGUGGACAGGAUUUCUACAGGGUGGAUGAUUCAUGCAGUAACUUCCCUGUGCAGAUGCUCACCUCCGUCAUGCUGUUAACUGCAGCUAAGCUGAAAGUACAAAACAUUUCAGGCUGUUUCCCGGCACAAGUCUUCCAUCUCCUAAGGCUACAGUGAUAUCUACUAAAGCUACUAGGCUGCUUAUUGCAGUAAUACCAGUUUAAGUUGUUGCCUCAGUUAAUUACAGGAAAAUUUUGCAUCUUGUCACAUAAAAAAAUACUAAGUUACAAAACCAAAUCCCCAUCUUUUAAGUAAAUAGGAUUUAUGAAGUGAAAUAAUUCCUUUAAUGGAUGCAGUAGUUUAAUUAAAACACUCCCAUCUUGUACUUCAUGGUAAUUUUAAAUGUAAAAAUAUUACAUGGGAAAUGAUACRCAAUAUAUUUAUUGAAGAAAAAAACUUUCAGUAUUCUAUUAUAAUGUUUAAAUUUAGUCAGAGAUUUUUAGUAUUAAUAUUUCACUAGGCAAAUACCAUCAGUUAAACUUGAUAUCAUUCAUCCAAUGACCUGUUUCUGACUGAAAGAUACUGGAAUUAGCUAGGUUUCAUAAAUUUAUUUUGUAGUCUUUCACAGCCUGGGAAUUUUAUUUCUUUCCAGGUAUCUGAAUAAAAUUUUGGGAGCCCUUAUAUUGUAUAUAAAAUAUCUUUAGAACAGUAAAGUUAUAUUAUGACAGGCAGAACAAUACUGAGCAUUUCAUUUCCAAGUAGUUUAAAAAAUGACCAAACUUCAGGAAGGUGUCUGAAAUAUUUUUCACAUAGUGCAAGAUGAACAGUAAUUUAAUCGUCACAACAGUACUGCAUCUAUAUUUGAGAAAGUCUAUCUUAGUCCWGAAACUUAAAGCUUAGUAUCUUACAGUGACAUAUUUCUAUUUCAAAGAGUAAACAAUGGAACUAAUUACGAUCCUGUAAUUAGUUUUAUAAUUUGCUGAUAUCUUUAUAAAUUUAAAUAACGUUCACCAUAAAAAAUUUCACAAAAUGUUGGUGUAAAUUUUGCACAUUUGAGGAUCAUGUCAAUAGAGUGGACCCCACACACAACAGUAUUUAAGAUGUAUUAAGAUGUGUUUGUUCUGUAGAAGUAAACAGCUUGUUGUGUUAGGAUUCCAGGGAACCUCUGUAUUUAUUUUGAUAUUUUCAUAGUGAAUUUUCAAAUUGUAUUACAACUUUAUUUAGACAGAAAAACUACACAUCAUCAUGCUGAAACGCAAGCACUUUUAUACCAAAACACGAGUAGUUUCUCUUAGUGCAAAGUAAAUGUAUUGAAUAGUUUAGAAGAGAGAAUACUAUUCCCUCCCACUGAAACAGCAGGAAAAACAAUAGUUAUAUAGUAGAAUAGUAGUUUUGGCUUUAAUAAUGUUAUUCGGAGUCACAUUGCUGCUCUUAAAAAUAUAACAAGACUUCUUUGACUAUUAAUUAUUGCAACUUGUCACUUUUCAUCACAGAAAGAGAAGACCUGAUUCUCCUUUGCUUGUGGUUUUUUGUUGUUUUUAUACCCAAGUAAUUUAAGUAUGCAAUUCAUGUAAAGUCAUGUGAAGUAGUAAAAGAUGAGCAAAGUAACAUACAUUGCCCACUGUAUAUGGGUAUAAUAGCUAUGCAAAUUAGGGGACAGUACAGAAUCGCAGGAUUACUUUUAAUUGUCACUGUCACGACCAGCUUGUUGAUUACACAUACAGCACUAAGUCGGUGAUUCAGAUGAUGCCCUUUCCUCUAAUUUUUCCUUACAUUUUAUUUGGCAGUCUUUCAUCCAGCUACUUGCUAUAAGUCUCUGGUUUAUGCCAUCAAAUAGAGCAAUGACAUAUAUGGUAAGUUACUUGUCACUAUUGAUAUAAAUAGUGAAAACUGAGUGAAGCUUCAUUUAGAAAAAAUAUGUACUCUUCUA